ACUUGGAGAGGCAGCACGCUCCCUUCCUGCCACUGCCUUUCCAGAUGCGACAGAGCACGGGGAUCUGUUGCUGUCUUCCCAUGAAGAAGGAUUCUCUCUCUUCUUUCUAUUUUAUUUUUUUUAAUGUUCUUUUUAAGUUUCAGCUUUAAGACUACUAGAUACGCUUUUGCUUUGUUUCUUGUAGGAAAUUUCAUCUGCCGGAUUUAAAAGCAAGUGGAGAAUGCAGACCUUCCUUACAGGAGACCUCGCUAAAAAAUGGUUCGCCAUCUUCCUUCGGUCGCAUUUCUAAAGACAGAAAGAAGAGCUUCUCAAAAACCCGUGGCAUGAACAGACCCUCAGGCAUCACAAGGCCAGGAGGAUGUCCCUGACUGACGAGCUGGAGAGCCACUUCUCUGCAACCCCCUACAUGGUGACAGACACGAAUGAGAGCAGCCUAUUCCGAAUCAGACCCAAUGCCUCUGUCAAUGCCACUGGGGAAGGUGCACCAGCUGCUGGUUCCAUGGAGGACAUGAUUGCCAUCUGCACCAUUGGGACGAUCCUGUCCCUGAUGUGCGUGAUUGGGGUGACAGGCAAUGUCUACACCUUGCUGGUGAUGUGCCAUUACUUGAGGUCGUCUGCCUCCAUGUACAUUUACAUCAUUAACCUCGCGCUGGCAGACCUGCUCUACCUUCUCACCAUCCCUUUUAUUGUUGGGACUUACUUCAUCCAGAAGUGGUACUUUGGGGACGUUGGCUGUCGCAUCCUGUUCAGCCUGGACUUUCUCACUAUGCACGCCAGCAUCUUCACUCUCACAGUCAUGAGCACGGAACGCUACUUUGCUGUGCUGAAGCCCCUGGACACAGUGAAGAGGUCCAAGAGCUACCGAAAGGCCAUCGCUGUUGUCAUCUGGCUGGUGUCACUGCUGCUCACCCUCCCGAUGCUCAUCAUGAUCCAGCUGGUGCAAAGGGACAACAAAAGCAUCUGCCUUCCCACCUGGAGCAAGCUGUCCUACAAAGUCUAUCUCACCAUCCUUUUUGGUACCAGCAUCGUGGGCCCAGGGGUGAUCAUCGGUUACCUCUACAUCCGAUUAGCAAAGAUUUACUGGGUGUCACAAACAGCAUCCUUCAAGCAGACCAAGCGGCUGCCGAAUCAAAAGGUGCUCUAUUUGAUCUUCACCAUAGUGCUGGUGUUCUGGGCUUGCUUCUUGCCUUUCUGGAUAUGGCAGCUCCUCUUCCAGUAUUAUGAAUCCUUCACGUUAUCCCCCAAGGUGAUGAAGAACAUUAAUUAUCUGACAACCUGCCUGACCUACAGCAACAGCUGUAUCAACCCCUUCCUCUACACCCUGCUCACCAAAAACUACCGGGAGUACCUGAAGAACAGACAGCGAACCCUCAGCAGCAGCAGUGGGUACUUCCAAAGGAGGAAUCGAUUUCAGAGGAUUUCAGGAAGAUCCAUGUCCACAAGCAGUCAGCACUGCACAGAGACGUACGUACUUGCUCACGCUCCUUUGGGAAACAGCAGUGCCUGAAGGUAAAAAGCAUCUCCACGAACGAUCGAUAUUGAUUUCAAUGUUGCUGUGAUUUAAAGUGUGCGUUGUAAAGGCAGUCUCAGCAGCUCCAUGAUGUGCACACAUUUAGUUCAGAGGCUGUGCCAUAUUCUGUUUUCAUUUCCUCCAGUGCCUGCUGCUGAUUUGAUGCUAGCAACACUCAGCUGAAUAUCUCUAAACGGUCUUUCGCUUUCCAUCUUUAUAUUUUAUAGUGUGUGUCUCCUCAAGUAGCCAUCAGUAAUGAAAACCUGUUAUAGGGCCGAGUUUUUUAAUAGUAUCAGCUGUCUCACAGAGUUUAGAAUUAUGUUAUCUCGUGAAUGGCUGUCAUUUGUUCUUUUUAAAGCAGUGAUGCUAGAUUGGUACUUGUAUGAGAGCUGAAAGUGAUGAAAUAAAGACAAAGCA